CAAAGCUACGCACCAAAUCUCACAUAUAGCUCUAGCAACCAAAGAUCAAGUACUACGUACUACUGCUCUGUCUCAGUCUUCGAUCUCUUCAAAUAUGGCUGCAACUGGCGUUGUGAAAGCCGGAUACUGGCAUUGCGACAGUGCAUUCCCGGUGUCCGACAUAAAAUCCUCCCUUUUCACCCACCUUUUUGCCGCCUUUGCGGAUGUCAACUCUAGCUACCAAGUUACCUUUCCUAUCCUAUACAAGCUCCAGUUCGAAAGCUUCACCCAAACUGUGCAAAUAAAAAACCCUGAUGUUAAAACCCUUUUAUCCAUCGGUGGUGGAGCCUCUGGUGUAGCUUCGACCUUAGCUUCAAUGGCUAGCAAGCAAGAAAACCGUAAAAUAUUCAUAGGAUCCUCCAUAACUCUAGCAAGGGAAAACAACUUCCAUGGUCUUUGCCUCAGCUGGCUGUACCCCUCCACGGCCGUGGAAAUGACCAAUCUGGAGUCGCUCCUCAAGGAAUGGCGAGCAGCCGUGGAAAUCGAGGCCCAGAUCACCACCAAGGCUCGGUUGCUUCUAACCGCAGAGGUAUUUUACUCGUCAGCAAUAGGCUCGGCGAGUUAUCCCUGCAAGACCAUUUCAAACACGUUGGACUGGAUCAACGUACUGGCCUUUAACUUCUAUACCCCCGAUUCGUCGCCCACGGAGACUGCACCCCCUGAUGCGUUGAGAAAAGGUCCAAAGGGAAUACUUUGCGUUGAAACAAGCAUAAAAAGCUGGAUUGAUGCAGGUUUGAAAGUUAAAAAAAUAGCCCUAUGCGUUCCGUUUGUUGGCUGGGCAUGGACUCUGAAAAAUCCAUUGCAGCAUGAUUUAUUUGCACCAGCUGUGGGACCGGCUCUUUCUGUAGAUGGAUCCGUUACUUUUGCUCAAGUGAAGCUAUUCAUAACCGUCCGAAAGGCCAAAAGAGUGUACGAUAAGACCUACUGCACAAACUAUUGCUACGCUGAUGUUACUUGGAUUGGUUACGAUGAUUUGGAAAGUGUAACCGAUAAGGUUAAUUAUGCACAUAAGGAAAAACAACUGCUCGGUUACUUUGCAUGGCACGUGGGCGCCGACUAUAAUUGGUCUCUUUCUCAGAAAGCUUUCGAUACAUGGGACAAAUGUGCUAAUUAAUUAUAGGUACUGAAGGUGGCAGCUUGAGUACCAAUAAUAAUCAACGUACAACGUACAAGGCGUGCAAGCAUGGAUUCAUAUAUAUAGAUCAUAGAUGGUGUGUUCGUAAUAUAUAUAUAGACGCGCGCUUUUAUUCUCAACAAUAAGGCCAACCUUAUGGCUCGAUCAUGGUGUGAGAUAUGUUGUCUUAUGUGUGGUAGAAGCUAGCUAAUUGUAUUAUCAUCACUGCUAUGCAUGGCUAAUAACAUUAAAUACGUUUUGCUUUAUA